AUGGCGGUUAAUAUCAUGCUAGUUGAGUCAACGGAACCAAGUUCCACUGCAACAACUGAACCUUCUAAAUUAAGUAUCGCAGAAUCAUUAUCGAAAGUAAGUAGAGCCACAUUUUCGUUUAUGGAAAAAAGGCAAGCUCACAAUGUAUUUGAGGACGGCUUAGAUAUGACCCCAGAUGAUAUAAUUGACCCUGAUUACGUGACAAUGUUCGACACCUUUUCACAUGCGGCUUUUGAGAGCAAACCACGUGCUAGGAGCGACCUUGCUCUAAAAGCCAAGUCGAAAUCAGCAGCCGAUAUGGGCAUGAAAGUUUACGCCACCACAAUCUCCCUUGACGACAUUCAUAUCGACCACACACAGAAUACUGAAGAGGGCUUCGUUCCUGACGUCGACUUAGAUAGAGCACCAUCUGCUUUUUAUUUACCAAAAGAAUAUCCAAUCAUGUCUUACCCACCAGAAAUAUUUAUUGUUCUCAAAGAAACAGAAACUGUGUUUAUGUUUGAACUGCCCUGUUUCUCAUAUGAGAAAUCAACCCCUGAAGGAGCAAAAGUCGAAGAGGAAAAUGAAUUUUACCAGUACAUAACAGUAGGAAAAGGUAGAAAUAGGAAAAUGGUGGUAGAGGAAACUCAAACAAAGGAAUAUGUUAGCCAGACUCGCCACACGUUAGCUACGAGACCACAGAAGAAAAAUGCCAUAGUUUUUGCUUCUAUGUGGGAUAUGCACGACACUUAUUCAAAACUCGCAAAUGUUAAAGCACCUGAAGAACCCGAUGAGAUGGUAAUGUAUCAAUCUGCUGCUCCAACGCUACUGCGCAAGAAAACAAAGAAAGUUGAAAAUGUUUCAGAGAAAAAGGGGAAAACAUUUGAUGAUAUAGCAACAAGCCCAGAAUUUCUGGAUGCUGUACUGUUGACAGAACGCGUUCUCUCUACGUUAGAAUAUUCUGAUCAGCAGAAGAAGUUUAGAGGACUGGUUACAAUAGACCCUCUUUCACUCGACUUAGUUUAUGUUUAUUCGAUGAAGCCGCUUUGGACAUUAGAAUGUGAAGAGACUGCUAACAGACCAAUCACAAGCAUUUCCUUUAAUCCUAAGAAUAAUAAUAUUUUAGCAGUUGGUCAUGGAAAGUACGCAUAUGCAGAACGAUUCUCCGGCUUGGUGUGCAUUUGGUGCACUAAGAAUCCCUGUAAACCUGAAAGAUUGUACCAUUUCCCAGAUCCUCUUACGUCAGUAGCUUUUUCUGAUAAAAAUCCCAAUUGGUUAGCAUGUGGCUUUGCUAACGGCGAUGUCUUAAUAUUGGAUAUAACAUCAUAUCCCAUUAAAACGAUAGCGAAAAGCAAGCGGGAUACUAACCCAUGUUUCGAGCCUAUUUGGGCGUUGAGUUGGCGAAACAUAGAUAGAGACAAUCAAUAUUUAAUGACAACUUGCCAAGAUGGGAGGAUAAAUAAAUUCACGAGCACAAAGACGCAUGAUUUCAUAUGCACACCGAUGAUGCGAAUAUCCACAGUUGAAGGUCAAAUGAAGGGGCUAGAAACGCCGAAGCAAUGUUUGAAAACAGACAUUCCGAUAACAAGAUACCCAGCCGCGCUUUGUAUGAAGUGGCAUCCUACAGUCGAUCACGUUUAUCUCGUAGGAACUGACGAAGGUUGCAUUCACAAAUGUUCGACGCAUUAUUUAAACCAGCACAUGGACGUCUACAGAGCUCAUUCUGGUCCAGUUUAUAGUAUGGAAUAUUCACCAUUCAUGAAUUCAUUGCUGGUUUCGUGUGGCGCGGAUAACGCAAUUAGGUUAUGGAUAGAAGGAAUGGACGAUGUUAUAAUGACUUUGAACUGUCCGAGUGCAGUGUUCGACAUAGCUUUCUGUCCGAUAAAUUCGACUAUUUUAAUAUCAGCAAGCGGUAAUGUAUUAUCAAUUUGGGAUUUGCGCCGUAAAACUCAUAUGCCGUGUGCCGAAUACACGUUUCCACCUCAGGUGUCUCUAAUGUACAUUAAGUUUUCUCCAUCGGGUGAUAAUGUUUUUGUAGGAGAUACAUUAGGCCGAGUACAUACAUUCCAUUUAGAAGAUACUCCCAUACCGCCUUUCUAUCAACGGCAAUUAUUAGAUGAAGCGAUAAAGAAAGCCUUAUGUACUCGACCACAGUUAUUGAAACAACUCGACAAGUUGGAAAAAUUUAAGGAGAAAUAUUCAAAGUGAUGAC